GGGAGAGAUGCUGGGAAACGUGGGAAACUCCUCUCACAUUUCCAGGACAGAUAAAUAUUCAGUCCAUUCCCCGAACUGAGAGGGACCAUGAUCCAGCGGUGGUGGCUCCUCGUUUUGACUGUGGUAUCCAUCUCCUCCAGUUUAUCGCUCCAGAAUGCGAUUCAAAAAAGACAAUGUGCUUUCAAACUGAACACAUUAAGCCGCAAGUUUGCAGCCCUGGGGAAUGUGAGCGGCUCGGUGCAGACUUGUGAGCACACCAACUGCUGCGUGGGAUACUUCCUGCUUGUGGACGGCCGACCAGAGGUGGACCAGCUAGCUUGUGAUUAUGUAGAGAAGUCGUGCCCGGAAAAGACUUGUAUCGGCCAGAGUAGCUACAGCAAGCGAGUCAUCAAGUGUGCCUGCAACACUGACCUUUGCAAUGCCAAGCUGGUCUGGAGCCCAGCGGCAGAGGAGCCGCCGGUCACGGACUCUCUGCCCCUGGAAAUGAUAGCAGUAGUUGUGAUUGGAAUCCUGGUGGCUGUGAGUCUUGGACUUGUUGCUGCGAGGCUGAGUUGCAUGUUUCAACAGAGAAAACGAAAUCCCAAAUCAUCCUGUCACCACUCCCUAGCCAGUCCUCUGUGCUCCUGUUGGAAGGCAACAACCUCUGAAAUUGACAUCUCCAAAAUUGAGGCUCAGCAAAUUGUGGCGACCGGGCAUUUUUCCGCUCACUGGAAGGGGUUAUACCGCGGGUCUACGGUGGCAGUGAAAGUUUUCCCUCCAUCCAGGAAGCAUCGAUUCCUGAGGGAAAAGGAAGUAUAUGAGCUUCCGCUGAUGAAACACGCUGCCAUCGCUCACUUCCUCGGCACCGGCGGGAAGACUGGCACGGAUGGCACCAGCUGGUUUGUCGUGUUAAGAAGCACUGACCACGGCUCUCUGCACUCUUUCCUGAGCGAACACACAAACAACUGGAUGAUGUCGCUGAGACUGUGCCGGUCAUUAUCACUGGGACUUUCCUUUCUCCACUCUGACCUUCACCAAGACGGUUUGCACAAACCCCCAGUGGCUCACAGGAACCUGAGCGGCUUCAGCAUUCUUGUUAAAGUGGACGGUACCUGCGCCCUGUGCGACUUUGAGUGUUCCACCAUCCUGCGCCGGUGUAGCUGGCGAUUCCCGCUGCAAACCAGAAGCGAAGACUUUCAGAGGAGCUCCUUGAGCUACUUGUCUCCUGAAGUUCUGGAAGGCUCUGUGAAUUUGUCCGGCAGCUGGUGUCUGCAGGCGGAUGUCUACGGUCUGGCCCUUCUCUUGUGGGAGAUCUUUAUGCGUUGUUCGGAUAUGUUUGAAGGUGGUGAAGUUCCAGUGCACGUUGUGCCUUACGAAUCUGAGCUGGGGCCCAACAUGACAGUUGAGCAGCUCACCUGGCAUGUCCUCCACCAGGAGCAGAGACCCUCGAUACCCCAACACUGGGGAUCUGAUAUGAGGGCUCUCCUGAUGGAGUGUUGGGAACCGGACCCAGACGCUCGGUUGACUGCUCCAUGUGUCGUCGACAGAUUGGCAACAUUUGAAUCUCCUCACAUCCCAUCAGUUUCUCCAAAUGUUGUGGGAUGAUCAUAAUCCCCUUUUCCUUGAUAACACCAUCAGCCAGGAGAGGAAAACCGCUUCACAUUCUACUUUCCUGUUUUUAAAUAUUGAUUUCAGGGUUAUUGGAAAAAACAAAAAGUUUUUGAGUCAGGAUCUCAGGUUGAGCCGAUGUUUCAUUUCCUGCAAUUUAUUUAUUUAUUUUUUGUUUAAGGAGUACUUUUUUAUUUUAUUUAUUUUAUUUUUUCAUGGGGUCUUGUUGCUACACGCUCUUAUGACUUUAUCCUUAAGCCAUAAAAGUACAUAAAAAUCAGAAAAAUACAGGGAAAACACGAGUAUCUCUGUUAACACUUCAUAUGAUCAGGAACUGAACGUUGUCUGUUUCAGACGACAGAUAUGAGUUUAGCUUUAUGCGGUUUGUUACCGAUGGCUGAAUCACGAGUGUUGCAAAUAGGUCAAGUCAUAUUUUCCAUAUCUUUUGUUCCGCAACUGAGAAGGAUUGGCCACGUUUUGUGUUUUGUGCCAUGGCGUAAAUAAAAGACGUGUCUGUCA